UUUCUGAACAGCUUUCAUCUUGUGAAGAACAAAAGUUUUUCAGUUCUCGUGGUUUCUCUCUUUCUUUUCAAUUCACGAUCGCCAUGUCUGACGCCGCGCUCCAAACAGUUUUCAAGUCUUUUUGUGCCUUUGGCGGUGGAAAAGACGCUCAGCCAUUAAUGGAUAACGCGAAGUUUGGGAAAUUAUUCCGAGAUUUGAAAUUAUACGACAAGAAGUUUACCUCAACCGACACUGACAUUAUCUUCAGUCGACCAGAAGUGAAAGCUAAAAGCGAACGAAAAAUCAACUUCGAUCAGUUUAAGAAAGCUCUGGAGCUCUGUGCCGAGAAGAAGUAUGGAAAUAAGAGUGAUGUAGGCAAGCUUAUCGAGAAGAUCUGCGCAGGGAAAGGCCCUGCUGCUGUUGGAGCUACGAAAGUAGCAAAAGUGGGAGGAGUGGACAGACUCACUGACACCAGCAAGUACACUGGUUCUCACAAAGAACGCUUUGAUGAGUCAGGAAAGGGGAAGGGUAUUGAGGGGCGUGUCGACCGCGAUGACAAGGCUGCUGAGGGAUAUGUUGGUGGCUACAAAGGAAAAGACACCUAUGAUAAAAAAAAUUAGAAAAAUAGUAUAUAUAUUCAAGAACUGGUUUGAUAGCUUAUUCCUGUAAUCACUAAGUUUACAGUCUAUUUGACUGAUGUAUACUCAUUCAUGUUUACAACCCUUUCACAAUAUGAUCCCCACAUAGCCCUUGUUUGAAAACGUACAAACCCAUAUACACUUUAAAACACAUUUGAUAAUCGUACAAACCCAUAUACACUUUAAAACACAUUUUAUAAUCGUACAAACCAUAUACAUUUUAAGACACGUUUCAUAAACUUUUCAAGCUUUUUCACCCUUUCAAAAGUCGUUUAUACAUCUAACAAUAAAAAAAGGGGUUUCCAAAGUUAAAUCUCAUUAGUAAUAAAGUAUGUACCUAAAAUGUUUUUAAACUUACUGGUAACUUUGUAAACAACUUCAUAAAUUUUUAAACUUUAUAGUAAAUAAAGGGUACUGAGUGUAGUUUUUUGGUAAGAUCAUCCAGAUUGUCAGAAAGAUUUGCACUACAUGGAUUUUAACUUGGCAUAUUUAUAUCUUCUACAUAUUAUAAUGUCACUGGCUACCAUAUUAUAUCAACUUGUAUUCCUUUUGAUGGUUUUGAAGUUUAAUUAAAGGUUGUAAUAAGAUGUUAAAUAAAAUGAAUGCAGAUGAUAAUA